AUGGGGGAUUUCAAUGCCACCCUUUCCCACUCAGACAAGCGAGGAGGGGUGAGAAGGAUGUGCAGGAUCCAAACAGAUUUUCAGACCUUUGUGGAUUCUAAUGCUUUGUUUGAAGUGGCUACUAAAGGUGGGAAUUUCACAUGGACUAAUAGGUGUUUGGGUUUCUCUAACAUAGCAGAGAAACUAGAUAGGUUCUUUUUGGCAGGGGAAUGGAACCUGGCUCCCCUUGUUUUUGAGGCGGAAGUUUUGGCAAUCUCUAGCUUGAAUCAUUUCCUGGUUUCACUAGUUUUGCAGAAGGAUGGAGUUCCACUCAGAUGCCCUUUUAAGAUGGAAAAGAUGUGGUUAAGGGAGCAGGGCUUCAGCGAUCAAGUUGUUCAAUGGUGGAAGGAGUCCCCUGUGGUUGAUGGAUUCUUGUCCUUUCAAUUCUUUAAGAAGUUAAGCUAUGUCAAACAGAAACUGAAAAGUUGGAACAGGAUUGUAUUUGGAAAUAUCUUCGAAGAGAAACAAAAGAUUGAAGGAGAGCUGGGGGCUUUAAACUCGAAAGUCUUAGCAAAGGGAAUGGAUGAGGUGGACUACCUCAAGGAGAAAGACCUGCUCAGUAGAUAUGGGGAAGUAUUGCAAAGGGAAGAGAUUUUUUGGAGGCAAAAAUCACACAAGAAAUGGAUUAGAGCAGGAGACAGAAAUAUAAAAUUAUUCCACAGUUCUGUGAAGGUGAAGAGAAGCCUUAAUAGAAUUUUAUCUCUGCAUCUGAAGGAUGGAACUUCGAUGGAUGAUUUUGAUCGAAUUAACCAAGAGGUUGUUGAUUUUUUUGGAAAUUUAUGGAACAAGAGCGGGAUUGAUUAG